AUGCGGUCUUUUAUCACAGCCUUGCCGUUUUUGGCUCUCCUCGUUGACGCCCGAAAAUGCGGUAACGAAGUCGUUCCACCAUCCGUCCAGAUGGCGGCCAGAUACUUCGACAGACAAGACAAGCUCGCCGAUGCUCGCACCCUCCAGGCAGUCGCUGAGCGAUCCUUGGUUAUUGAUACCUAUUUCCAUGUUAUCUCCUCUGACAACACUCUAAAGGGUGGAAAUCUUCCAGACGAACAAGUUACUGCUCAGUUCAACGCUCUUAACCGUGACUUCAAAGACACCGGUAUCUCCUUCGUCCUUAAGGACGUAACCCGAACCGUCAACAAGGAAUGGGCUACCUUCAGCGUAGACAACGACUCCAAGGAUGUCGAAUACACCAUGAAGAAAGCCCUCCGUCAGGGUUCUUAUGCCGCCCUAAACGUUUACUACCGCCCACUCGGCGAUGGUCUUCUUGGAAUCUGCGUGUUCCCUGAAGACGUCACUCAAGGCGACCGCACUUUCGUCUUGGACGGCUGCCAAGUCCUCACCGGUAGCGUUCCUGGCGGCGAUACCACCAACUACAAUGAUGGUAAAACUGCCACCCACGAAAUUGGCCACUGGCUCGGUCUCUUCCACACCUUCCAAGGUGGCUGUGCCGGCGGUGACGGUGUCGACGACACCCCAGCUCAACGAUCCCCAACUAACGGUUGCCCAACAACCAACCCUGAUACCUGCACUGGUCCCCAAUACCCUGGUGUUGAUCCAAUCCACAACUUCAUGGACUACAGCUACGACAUUUGCAUGUACGAAUUCAGUCUAGGCCAGACCAAGCGUGUUUUCGAUUUCUGGGACCGAUACCGUGCCCCACACAUUGGUGGCCCAGAGCCAACCGUUACCAGGUCUUCCACCACCACUACCACCACUACAACCACCACCACUACCACUCCAGUUAUCACUACCACCCCAGUUAUCACCACCACCUCCACCACUACCAAGUCUACUACCACCAAGGCCACCACCACCAAGACCACCACCACUAAGAGCCCAACUCCAACCCCAUCCCCAUCCAUCCCAGAUUGGUGGUGCGACCUUUUCGGCAUCUGCCGCAGCGCUUAA